GGAAGUUCAUCAAAAAUACAUGAAGGAACAAUUUCUGAGCUAUUGGAACAGAUUCGGAUCUGGAUUGGUGAUUUAUUGAAAAUAUGUUAAAUGAUGUUGCGAUCGCCGAGGUUCCCAACUUAUCGCGCGACUUCUUGCGCGCUUGCCAAAACGGAGACCUACGCAGAGUGGAAACUCUCGUCGCGAGGUACGGAAUUCGCGAUUGGAGCGACCUUCGACACGCGGCAUCUGGCGACACCGCGUUGCACGUGGCUGCGCGCGUAGGAGAUUUGAAUGUGGUGAGAUAUUUGUGCGAACGUUUCGACAUGCCAAGAUUUAAAGUUGACGUCGCCAAUAAAGACAUGAAGAGACCUUUGCACGAAGCUGCGCAGUUUGCGCGGGAAGACGUUUUGAACUACUUAUUGGAAAAAGGUGCAUCGGUGGACGCGUUGAAGCGCGGCGACUGGACGCCUCUGAUGCUCGCAUGCACGAAAAGCGGUUCCGCGGCUUGUCAAUGCAUCGGGGCUCUUUUGGCCGCUAACGCCAACGCCCGUUUACGCAAUAAAGACGGCUGGACACCUUUGCACAUCGCUUGUCGAGCGGGUGACGAGAACGCAAUCGCUUUAUUGCUGAGACAUUCACCGGAGUGCAUCAAUGAUCGUAGCAACAAUGGUCGUAGCGUGUUGCACAUUGCCGCAUUUCACGGCCAUGAGAAAGUAAUUAAAUUGAUCGUCACGUCGAACGCGAACCUUCUGAACGCGCAGGACUCUUCGGGUUCUUCGCCGCUCCACGAGGCGAUGAAGCACGGAAAUCUGAAUGCAGCAAGAUACAUCAUUCGUUCGGGAGCCAACGUUGGUCUCGUAGACAAUGUCGGUCAAACUAUUCUGCACGUUGCCGCGCUGACCGGCAACGUGGAGGCGGUUGAAUAUAUUUUGGAGCAAUGCUUGAUUGACGUGAAUUGCGAAGCUUCUUUCGGAAUUACUCCGCUAAUAGUGGCGCGAAAGAAUAAUCACGGCGACGUCGUCAACGUUCUACACAAAUACGGCGCUAAAGAAUAAAAGUGUUUUUCUGACAAUCACUUGUGUAUUCCACUUUUCCAAAAUAUAUUCCAGACUUUUUUUGUAUGAUAUUUUUUCAGCGUAUAUAAAUUUCACGCGCAGCAACAGAUUUUAAAAAUAAUUAUUCUUUAUCACGAUCAACAAAAGUGGAAAAGAAAUGUUAAUAAGAAGAGUAUCUCGCGCGUGGAAAGAUUAAAAUAAAACACUCUGUAUAACGUGUGUGUAAAUUUUCUGCAGAUUUUAUUUCAAAUCAAGAAC